AUGUUGGUCCCGCUGUCUCGCGUGCUGGUGGCGGCGCUGCUUGCCGGUGGUCUGGGCCGGCGUGGCCUCAAGAAGCAGUCGCUGGACGUGUCGGGCGCUGCCGCCGCCUGCUUCGUGGGUUUCUUCACGCUCGCGUCGGGCUACCGCUUCGGUCUAUUGCUGCUGGGCUUCUACUUCUCCGGCAGUAAACUCACCAAGGUGCGGGCCAGUGUCAAGCAGCAGCUAGAUGCCAACUACAAACCCGGCGGCCAGCGAUCAGCCCGUCAGGUGCUGGCCUGUAGUCUCCUGGCCACCUUCAUCGCCGUCUACGCCGUUAUCCGAUUCGGAGACGACGACGUGGCCCUCGAUUUCAAGCGCGCCCCAGAGCGCAGCUACCUAUUGGCCAGCUUCAUCGGUCACUACGCUUGCUGCGCGGCCGAUACGUGGGCAUCCGAGCUGGGCGUGCUCAGCAAGAGUGAGCCCCGACUCAUCACGACGUUGCGACGGGUACCGCCGGGCACCAAUGGUGGGGUGUCCAUGCUGGGUCUGGCGAUGUCGGCGUUGGGCGGGGCCUUCAUCGGUGUGCUGUACUACGCUGGUAGUCUUCCCUCCGGGACGGCGCAGCUCCAGGUCGUCACGCUGGGCGCCGUGACCGGGCUGUUCGGCUCAGUACUCGACUCGAUACUCGGCGCAACGGUGCAGGCCACAUACUUCGACCGGUCGUCGCGCAAAAUCUGCGAUGAGAAUGCGCCGCAAGGCGACGUCGAGCACGUGUGCGGCAUCGAUCUCCUGAGCAACGAACAGGUGAACGUGGUGUCUGUACUGGCGACGACGGCGAUCAGCGGCGUGGUGGCCACUUAUCUGUUCCCGUGA